GGUUGAAGUCCCGGGCCCAGGGGCUUCAAAAUCAUGCCGGGACUUUAAUUUUUGGAAGUGAAUAGAACUGGUUUUGGAAGACAAGAUGACUACAGCUGCAGAAAGAAAAUAUAUUAAUAUCAGAAAGAGAUUGGAUCAGUUGGGAUACCGCCAGACUCUGACAGUGGAGUGUCUACCGUUGGUAGAAAAACUUUUCAGUGACCUAGUUCAUACAACAGAAAGUCUUCGGCAAUCAAAAUUAUCUGCUGUGAAAGCUGAAAAAGAAAGUGCCAAUUUUGAUUUUGUUUUGGAACCUUAUAAGCUUGAAAAUGCAAGACUGAGUAGAGAAAAUAAUGAAUUAUAUCUGGAGUUAAUGAAACUGAGAGAACACUCAGAACAACACAUUAAAGUGCCUUUAAAAGAACCCUCUCAGGACCAGCAAAUGGCGUAG